AUGUCGACGCACAUAAAAAGGCAGCGAAUACCCUCAUACAACGACUAUAAUCCAAACGACUUUGACUUGGCCUUUGUGAAAGAGCUCGUCCACUUUCAGAAGUACAUUCAAGGACAAUCCGAUGAUGAUGUCACUGUUACUGGGAUGUAUCGAGCUCUGACGAAACAAAAACCAGGUCACAAGUUAAAUCAAUGGUUUCUUCGAGAAGAUCGUUGGUAUAUGGAUGAUAUUCAAUUGAAACAUUUACCUUCUGAUUCUAAACGUUAUAUCAUCUCUGUUUGGAUAUCAAAAUUGGAAUUUAGACUUUUUAAAAAAUCGCUUCGGUUGGAUCUAUUUUAUGACAGAGGGAAUUUUAGUUCUUGUGAAUAUAAAAAUUGCGUUUUGAAAGAUGAUAAAGCAAGUGUAAGCGAUAGUGAUGCUGUAUUAAUACCGUAUCCUGAAUUACAACUUCCUCCAACAACCAACAGGCGGCGUUCUGAACAAGUAUGGGUGUUUUGGGCAAAAGAUGGCCCUUUCUAUCCACGACGAAAUCGUCUUUGGGGAAUAAAAUAUCUAAAUUCUAUAAACUGGACAAUUACAUAUCGUAGAGACUCGGAUAUUGUGUAUAAGGGUUACGGACAAAUUAAAAGAAAAUCACGUCUAAAACAGUUCCAGGAAAACAGCGUCCCAUUAGGUGGCGGAAAAGACCGCUUAGUGGCAUGGUUCGUUUCGCACUGCCAGACUAAAUCUCGUCGUGAAGAGUAUGUGUUAAGGCUACGACAGUAUGUUUCUGUAGAUAUUGUGGGCCCCUGUAAUUUUUCCAACUCUCAGUGUCUUCCUAAAGUGAGCUCACAAUGCUAUAACUGGUUAGAAGAGCAUUAUAAAUUCUACUUAGCGUUCGAAAAUAAGAUCUGUAGGGACUAUAUAAGUGAAAAGUUCUUUGCCCCCCUGUCAAAGUACGUUGUGCCAGUUGUAUUAGGUGGUGGAGAUUAUUCCUCAGUGGCUCCAACUGGAUCUUAUAUUGACGUGCGUGACUUCAAAUCGCCCAAGGACUUGGCCGAUUUCCUUAGUGUUUUGGAUAGAAAUUAUUCGCUUUACAGUCAGUAUUUUAAAUGGAAGGAAGAAUAUGACGUAGUCCCACCUACUGCUAUCGAACACAGCUAUUUAUGUGAACUUUGUGAGAGAAUGAACAACCAGGAUAUAUUCAGGAAAGUGUAUCCAGAUAUCAGGGCAUGGUGGGAACGUGGAGGGUGUAACGCUCCCUGGUGGUAA